AUGGGGUUCCAUAGUCUGCUGCUCUCAGCCACUGUCCUCCUAGCCUCAUGGUUCUUUACUGCCAAAGGUGAAGUGAGACUUUGUGAUUUUCCAAAAAUAAGACAUGGAAUACUAUAUGACAAAAAGAAAUAUGAACCAUUUUCCAUUUUUAGAGGGAAGAUUUUAUAGUACUCCUGUGAAUAUAAUUUUGUAUCUCCUUCAAAUUCCUUCUGGACUUGUAUAACUUGUACAGAAGCAGGAUGGUCAACAACUCCAAAGUGCCUCAGACUAUGCUUCUUUCCUAAGUCCUCCCUUGACUAUGGUCAUUCUACAUCUUCAGGUCAAACCCACAUAGAAGAUCAUAUUGUACAAGUUGUUUGCAACCAAGGCUACAGCCUUCAGAAUAAUCAGAGCACCAUCACCUGUGCCGAAGAGGGCUGGUCCAUUCCUCCCAAAUGCAUUUCCACCAACCCAACGGGGAAAUGUGGGCCUCCUUCUCCUAUUGACAAUGGAGACAUCACCUCCUUGUCAUUACCAGUAUAUGAACAUUUAUCAUCAGUUGAAUAUCAGUGCCAUAAAUAUUAUGUACUUAAAGGAAAGAAAAUAGUAACAUUUAGAAAUGGAACGUGGUCUGAGCCACCAACCUGUUUACAUCAAUCUGUUCGCUUACUCAUUUCCUUCACCAGAUGGUUUACUGUCUGGUGGAAAACACAGGAUAAAUUUACAAUGAAACCUUGUGAUUUUCCACAAUUCAAAUAUGGACGUCUAUAUUAUGAUGAAAGCCUUAGGCCCUACUUCCCAGUACCCAUAGGAAAGGAGUUCAGCUAUUACUGUGACAACGGGUUUUCAUCUCCUUCAGAGUCAUACUGGGACUACCUUCGUUGCGCAGAACAAGGGCAAUGUGUUUUCCAUUAUGUGGAGAAUGGGGAAUCUUCAUACUGGCAAAGAAAAUAUAUGCAGUGUCAGUCUGUAAAAGUCCAUUGUUACAAUGGCUAUAGUCUUCCAAAUGGUCAAGACAUGAUUAAAUGUACAGAGAAUGGCUGGUCCCCUCCUGCCAAAUGCAUCAAUCCAUGUAUAAUAUCAACAGAAAUUAUGGAAAAACGUAACAUAACUUUCAGAUGGAAAGAAAGACAAAAGCAGUAUUACCAAUCAGGGGAGAUGCAAGAAUUUAAGUGUAAAAAUGGACAUCAUCUAGCAACAACUCAACCAUUAAAUACAACAUGCAUUAAUGGUUACAUCAAUUACCCCACUUGCACAAAAUAA